GGGGUGGAACCCCCUUUCUGGGCACUGCACAGUGAUGUCAUAUAACUCUGUGCAGAGCGGCAGUUGGUUUCCAUGGAGACAGUGAUGUCAUAUAACUCUGUGCAUAGUGGCAGUGGGUUUCCAUGGAGACAGUGAUGUCCUGCAGAGUGGCAGUUGGUUUCCAUGGAGACAGUGAUGUCCUAUAGACACUGUGCAGAGUGGCAGUUGGUUUCCAUGGAGACUGUGUGAUGUCACAGCAGGAGACCCAGGGGGGAGGGAAUAUAAGGCAGAGCUCAGGGGUCUCAGUCAUUUCACUGUAGACAGUUGAAGAGAGAAGACGUGUUACAGAGAAGCUCCUGUGAUAUUACAGAGAGACAUUUUUACUGAGAAGACAAAUUCUACUUAUUAUUCUAAAAUUCAAAGCAUCGCAAUGCAAGCUUACAAUCUGAGAUCGGUGGAUGACGUGCUGAAGAACGCCCUCCCCCGCACUGAAGAGUAUCCCGGAUUUGGGAAUCUGGUGUCCACCGUUCUCCUCCAAAUGGAAACCACCGCCGCAGGAAACGCGGACAUGAGGGCGGAGAUCCAACAGCUGAGGAAGGAGAUGUCAGCGAAGGACGAUCAGAUGAAGACCAUGGAAAACAGUUACACGGAAUGUAUGAAGGCCCUGAAAGACAAGGAGGAGGCAGAUAAGAAAGAGAAGGAGACCUGGAAGAAGGAACUGGAAGAGAAGCUGGGCAUUGUCCAGAAGGAGUGGGAAGAGAAGAGCGAGAGGAAUGGGGUUGCCCUUCAGGAGCAGUGUAAGGAAGCCAAUGAGAAGCUGCGGAAGAUGGAGGAACAACUGAUGAAGAUGAUGGAGGAGUUGAAGGUGACGAAGGAGCAGCAUGAAAAGGAGAAGAAGGAGAUGGAGGGGCAAAUGAAUAAAAUGAUGGAGGCAAUGAUGAAGGCCGAGCGUGAGCAGGCUGAGAAAGAUCGGGCCAAGAAGAUUCAGGAUGAGAAGGAUCGAGCCAAGAAGUAUCAGGAUGAGGUAGAUCGAGCCAAGAAGUAUCAGGAUGAGCUAGAUCGAGCCAAGAAGGAACAGGAUGAGAAGAUGAAGAUGAUGGGGGAAAGCUCAGAGGAGUGGACCCUCCAGUCGGGAAAGGCGGCGGCGGACCUCCUGUAA